UGGUCACAAAUGUAACCUAACUAACUAGCUGGACAACCCACCGUUUGUGUCACUUAUGGGAAAAUGUGUGAUCAAUGAUGGCUUUAGAAAUUAGAGGAACUUCGCCGCAUAUUGCUGCUGGUGUAUGGAUAGCUGUCAUAUCAAGUUUCAUCAAUGGAUCGACGUUUGUGCUUCAUAAAAAGGGAAUAUUACGAUCCCGUAAAAGAGGUGGGUCCUAUCUAAAAGAUGGCGUAUGGUGGAGCGGUACACUCUCCAUGAUUGUGGGCCAGAUUGGGAACUUCCUGGCCUAUAACGCAGCCCCUGCUGUGGUGCUCACACCUUUAGGAGCCCUGGGGGUGCUGUUUGGGGCGGUACUGGCCUCCUAUAUCCUCCAGGAACAGCUGGAUGUCCUGGGGAAGCUGGGCUGUGUGAUGUGUUGCUGUGGUUCUGUAGUGCUCAUCAUUCACUCCCCUAAAUCAGAGAGCGUCACAUCUAGUCUGGAGCUGGAGGAGAGGCUGGCUGAUCCAGUGUUCGUCACCUAUGCCUCGUUGGUGGUCCUACUGCUGGUUGUGCUGAUGGUGUGGGUGGCCCCAGCUCACGGCACGUCCAACAUCAUGGUGUACGUAUCCAUCUGCUCCCUCCUGGGGAGUUUCACAGUCACCAGCAGCAAGGGACUGGGCCUGGCCGCCCAGGAUGCCUUCAGCGGGGGGCCUUCCAGCAGCCAAGCCCUGGGUCUCUUCCUGGGUCUACUGGGAACCCUGGCCGUCAGCAUCCUCAUCCAGUUCACCUUCAUCAACAAGGCUCUGGAGCACUACAGCGCCAACAUGUUUGAAGCCAUUUACUACGUGACCUUCACAUCUACAGUCAUCACAGCUUCAGCCAUCCUGUUCAGAGAGUGGACCACAGUGGGUGUGGUAGACUGCCUGGGCAUGCUGUGUGGGCUAACCACUGUGGCAGUAGGGGUCCUGCUGCUCCGGAUCUCCUCAGAGGCCUCACUCACCUGGAAGCAAGCUGCUAAACGACCAGAUAAAAUUGAUUGAUUAGAGGCUUGUCAGUCUCUGGGAGAUCAAUGCAGUGUUUAUUGGUUCAUUUGGGGCCACAUUUUUUAUCUUGAAUAACAUCCAUAACUGCUCUUCCUCCCGGGGAAGGACUGCCCGCUCCAUGAUAAUAAUUAUAUGCCAUUUAGCAGACGCU